AAGACUUUAAAGAAUUAAUUUGAAAAUCUGACAUUUAAAACCGUGUGAAAGUAAACAGUUUUUGGACAGUUUUUGGACAAAUCUUAACGUAACUGAUAAGAUCGGAACUAUUUCAACUUUAUUUAGUAUACUGGCAUAUUUAUACAGAAAUUUAACGGACAUGGGACUUUACUAUGUAAAAAUCUCGAUACUUUUGCUGCUUGUAUACAAUGUCGCCGAGUUACACGUGCAUGCACGGGAAAUCCAGGAAGAUAAGGCACUUAAAUCUCGCCGUUUUCUGAAUGACAAAGUGCCUGCUCGAGACUGCUUAGACGUUCUGCGCGUGCUGGGUCAGGAGGAGGGAGGUAUAUACGACGUGACGCUAUGGAGAUCCGGGCAGACGAUACAAGUUGUAUGCGACAUGGAAACAGACGGUGGCGGAUGGACGGUAUUUCAACGGCGAUUUACUGGCGCUCUUGAUUUUGCCCAAACUUUUGCCGCCUAUAAGUCUGGCUUUGGAAACCUAAACGAUGAGUUUUGGCUUGGUUUGGACUACGUUCAAGAAAUGGCUGCUUACGGUGAAACAGACUUAAGACUGGACGUGAAAGCUCUGGAUGGCACGGAUCUUUAUGAACUUUUCCACAACUUCAGUCUAUCCCCUGGUCCAGAUUAUAGGCUAAGUAUUGAGCCAGGAACUGGUUCAAUAGGUGAUGAUCCUAAACAUGGUUUAUCGUACCACCAUGGAUCUGCGUUCAGCACACUGGAUCAUGAUGUGUCCCCGGGUCACUGUCCUAACUACCAGAAAGGAGGUUGGUGGUAUAAAUCGUGUGGUUACAUCAAUCUGAACGCCCAUCAUGGCAUGAAGAUGUUUUAUACUACCUCCAAUGGCUACGAGUCACUAAAGGAGACCAGGAUGAUGUUAAGAAGGAAACAGUUUAAAUAAACUAAAAAACUUCUUGAGAAGAUGGAAAAUAUUAAUAAAUUACGAUACAAAAGUUA